AUGCAACGAUGUUUUCAACCAUCUCAGGAGCAGGGGGAGCAAUCGCAGCGAUAUCAGGUGUGAAUGUACCCAGAUACGAUUUUCUCCUCCCGUUGAAUUUUUUUUUAACCUUUUGAAUACAAUAUGAUUCAUAUGUGGUUAUAUACUAAAGAAACGAUUUGAUUCCUUCAUAUCAGAACCGAAGGAAACGGAAACAGAUCCCUUCAUCUGAAGCUGUAAACAGAACCGGUCCGGGAAAUACAGUGGGCCCUUCAAGUUCCUCUCCCACUACUCCAUCUGCAUACGCACAUUCUGAAGGCGUGCAGAUGAAUGGAAACACACAACCUGUUGAUAAUAAUCCAAGGAUCGUAACUUAAGACGAGGGAAGAACAGUGGAGGCCGAUUCAUCUCCAAAUCAGAUGGUAUUUCCGCCAUUUAUUGAACUAUUUUUUUUGUUAUUUUUAGUACAUAAAAAUCAUAUAAGUAGUCGUCUACUGAACGGACUUUUAAACUUUUUUCUCCAUAGGGUGCUUUAAAUCCUCUAGAUGAUGUGGAUUCAUAUCUAAAACCUGACGGUGGUGAUGGGAAAGAGACGUUUAAAACGCUGGAAAGUGCGGGUGAUUUACAUUCCUUGAUAACUUUCUAGCUGAAGUCUCCCUGAAAGUGAUAUAAUUUUUCUGACGAUCUGUUUUUUCAGGUUUUGACAUCCGCGAGGUUGUUCACAUCAGCAAGAGCCAUGGCAAGGUUUUCUGCUGCGAUUUUUCUUCAGAAGGAAAUUUCUUGGCCAGCGGUGGGGAUGAUAAGGUAAUCUCUUAUGUCUUCUAGCGUGACCGCGUUGAUAUGAUUAUUUAGCUUCAGAGAUAACACCAUGGUGAUUGCGUUUUCUUUCUGGGGUACUCUCAUAGCUUCUGACGUCCCCAGAGCAGACAACCCACCUGAGGACUGAUGCUCGGUUACUCUGCUCUCCUAGAGAUUUCUCCGUGAAUGUUCAUUGAUUUUGAGGUGCUUGAUGUCAGGUUCUAGUUUGGGACACGGUUCGUGCGAGGAGUCAGAGUUCUGUAGACGACCACAGCCAUACGAUAACAGAUAUUCGGUUUAGGCCGGAGUCAGUGCACUUGGCGACAUCUUCAUUCGACAGAACCGUUGAGACUGGAGUCCGGCCGACGUGAGUUGUCUGCUCUCGCUUGCGUCUCUUUUCUAUGAGUAAUUUUCUUUCCCGCAAAUGCUGCUGCUCAUUUGACCGACGAUGCGCCCCAUUCACAGCCGAGUUCGUGCUUGACCUCAUUCACCGGGCAUAAGCACCCAGUGACGUCCGUGGAUUUCCAUCCGAGUAUAAGGGAUCUGAUUUGCUCGUGCGACAACGAGGGGGAGACGAGACUUUGGAGCGCUGGCAAUGGUUCCUGCGUGCGGGUCAGCGAGGUUGACCCGCGUAAACCUUUCUCUGUUCCAUACUAUGUUCAGUGCCUCUCCAUUAUUUCUCAUGUUUACGUCCCAUGGUGGGCAGGGUGCCACGGCCCGGGUCAGAUUCCAUCCCGGCGGAGGUCAACUUCUGGCGACAGCUUCCGAGGCCUCGGUUUUCUUGUUUGACGUCGAGACCAGCAAACAGAUAAGCACAUUAAAGGUAAGAUGCUUCGCGGGCUCAUCGAGUGGCGGCGGACGGGUCAAACAUGAACGAAGUCUAUCACCUGCAACCCGGUGGAGCGACUCUCCUGGGACGCGGCCGAAGAAUACGUGGCGUCUACCUGUCAGGACGCUGUGAGGGUGUGGUCGGUGGCAUCGGGAGCCUGCGUUCACGAGUUCACAGCAGCGGCGAACAGGCUCUGUUCCUGCAUCUUCCAUCCGAGCCGCCCCAAGACACUGAUCAUCGGAGGCUACAAGGUAAUUUUGAUCAUCUCCACCCACCCAUCACGGCUUAUAGAAUUCAAAUGGGUCCAUCUUAUCUUAAAAAUCCGGGUUAAAUUCCCCUCUUCAAGCUGUUGACCAUGAUUUCUCCCGGUAAACAGUAAAAAUCAGUCAACGGCCCUUCCUUUAAGCAGAAGCCCAGAAAUAAAAAUACUCUCUCUCUCUCUCUCUCCCUCUCUCUCUAUCUCUCUCUCUGUCUCUCUAUCUCUCUCUCUAUCUCUCUCUGUGUCUCUCUAUCUCUCUCUCUCUGUGUCUGUCUGUCUGUCUCUCUCUCUCUCUCUCUCUUACAUGCACGUUGGGCCCACCUGACUGUUGACAAGAUACGCAAACAUAUUUGUGAGUGGACAGAAAUAAUUGUUUUGUUUGGCGUUUGAUGGUGCAGACUUUGUAUGUGUGGGACUUGGCAGUGAACAAGAGCAUGAUGAUUCUGGCACACGAGAACUUGAUCUCGGCCUUGACACAUUCCCCCGUGAGGGGAGAAGUCGCCACGGGCAGCCACGACAGGGACGUCAAGAUCUGGAGAUUCCGUUAAGGCAUGUGUAGAAAAAGUCAACUCCACUUGCACUUUUCUCCUCUCUCUCUCUCUCUCUCUCUCUCCAACGAUGAGCCCACUGAAAUGGAUGGAAGCUGAAGCCCGGCAUCCCCUUUCACCCCAUUUAACGAUCAGAAGAGACCACCUGUUUUUCCUUUCAUAGGUUCAUUCCUUAUAUGUUUUUUCUUUCUCUAUUUAUCGGAUCGGACACAGAUUCGGCAUAGCGAACCUGAUAAUCUAGAUCCGACCCAUUGUUCGGGUUUGCUAUAAAUACAUGUACCCGUUUAAUAUUUAGAUAAAUGAAGUCAUUUUUUUCAGCCUUUUUUCUCUCUCAUCAACCUUCGAGGAGAACAGCUUCCUCUGGCACUGGCACUAGCACUAGCAAGAGAUGGAAAGCUUCAACAUGGUAUUAGAGUCAACUAUGUGUGUUUGUUCCACCCUCAAUGUUGA